CCCAAAUUUCAGAUUUUCAGCUAUUUAUCAGCCCCAGCAGCUCCACCCUAGAUACCCGCCCUCACCGGUGCUCGCUCCAAUGAGAAAACACGUGCGUCAUUGUUUAUUAUGCAUAUUCAUGAAGAGUCAUGCGACGCAGCGUCACAUAAAGCAACACAGGUGAGGUCACGGCGUCACAGCUGGACAGUACAAGCCAACGAGCUUCGGUCUGUCACGUCCUGAAAACAAGUCUAGUCAGGGAAAGAUUGGACACAGUUUUAUGUUCCUCGAAUAUAAAAAGGGAACUGACGCUGCAUCACGGAUAAAACAGACCGAAGAGGAACGAGAGCAUGUUCACUUGGGUCAAUAAGGAACAGGGUGGUAGGAACAAGGAGGGCGAUAUGUUUCAAACAGUUACAGAAGGACUCCAAAGUCUUUAUACUAAGAAACUGUUGCCUUUAGAGGAAACGUAUCUUUUCCAUGAUUUUCACUCGCCGGCACUGGAAGAUGCGGACUUCCAAAGCAAGCCUAUGGUGUUGCUGGUCGGACAGUAUUCAACAGGAAAAACCACCUUCAUAAGGUAUCUUCUGGAGCAGGAUUUUCCAGGGAUGCGAAUUGGCCCUGAACCAACGACAGAUGGAUUCAUUGCUGUGAUGUAUAAUGAGAAUGAGGGGGUCGUCCCUGGCAACGCCUUGGUUGUUGACCCCAAGAAACCUUUUCGCAAGCUGAAUGCAUUUGGAAACGCCUUCUUAAACAGGUUCAUCUGCUCACAGAUGCCCAACCAGGUUCUGCAGAGCAUUAGCAUCAUCGACACACCGGGAAUCCUUUCUGGGGAGAAGCAGCGCAUAAGCAGAGGCUAUGAUUUCACUGAAGUUCUGCGUUGGUUCGGAGAACGAGUGGACCGCAUCAUCCUCCUCUUUGAUGCCCACAAACUGGACAUAUCUGACGAGUUUUCCGAAGCCAUCAAAGCUUUCCGUGGACAGGAUGACAAAAUCCGCGUGGUGCUGAACAAGGCCGACCAGGUGGACACUCAGCAAUUAAUGCGGGUUUACGGUGCCCUGAUGUGGUCACUGGGAAAGGUUAUCAACACGCCAGAGGUUGUGAGGGUCUAUCUGGGCUCCUUCUGGGCCAAGCCUCUUCAAAACUCCGAAAACCGUCGACUGUUUGAAGCUGAAACGCAAGAUCUCUUCAGGGACAUUCAAAGUCUGCCUCAUAACGCUGCCCUGCGUAAGCUGAAUGACCUCAUCAAAAGAGCCCGUCUCGCUAAGGUGCAUGCUUACAUCAUCAGUUACUUGAAGAAGGAAAUGCCGACCUUGUUUGGCAAAGAGAAAAAGAAAGAGGAGCUGAUCGCACACCUCCCUGAGAUCUAUCAGGUGCUGCAGAGGGAGCAUCACAUCUCACCAGGGGAUUUCCCUAAUGUUAUUAAAAUGCAGGAGCUACUCCAACACUACGACUUCAGCAAAUUCCCUUCUUUGAAGGUAAAGUUGAUUGAAUCUGUGGACAGAAUGCUGUCCACCAGGAUCUCCGGCCUGAUGAACAUGAUCCGAGAAGAGGAAGGAAAACAGCCACCUCAGAAGGUAACGGGCGGAGCCUUUGAGGUCUCAAGCGAUGGGCCUUUCGGCCAUGGCUACGGGGAGGGUAUCAGCGCGGGUGCCGACACUGACGAUUGGAUUGUGAGUCGCGACAAGCAUCGCUAUGACGAAAUCUUCUUCACCUUGAUGCCUAUCAACGGUAAGGUGACCGGAAUCAACGCCAAGAAAGAGAUGAUGAGUUCUCGCUUGCCCAAUACUGUACUUGGAAAGAUCUGGAAGCUUGCAGACUGUGAUAAAGAUGGGAUGCUGGAUGAUGAAGAAUUUGCAUUGGCCCAGCAUCUUAUUAAGAUCAAACUGGAGGGAUAUGAGCUCCCCACAGAGCUACCGGUUCACCUCGUGCCUCCGUCGCACAGGAAGAAUCCCACUGCGGAUAUCUUAUACAACCACCAGGAGGAUUGAUCGCUUUAUCACCCUAUUGGUAGCACAAAAAAGUUUAAAAAAACUAAGAAAUACAAAUAAAAACUGUUGAAUGUGAGAUUUUAUUGAAGUUUUAUCUUGUAUUCAACAACACGCUGACUGUCAUAAUUUAGCCUUCACUCAAGAAGAAUUAUGCCAAAUAUGUAUAGCUAGCUACAGAAAUGAAUCAUGUUAAAUAUGUUUGUAAACUCAGUGUUGGGGAAUAACUUUAAACUACCUACAUUUCAGCAAAAUCUUUGUCAUAACCUUACUGUAUAUAUGAAGCACCAUUAGAUGGCACUGACAAAAUAAACUUGUUUUAUUUCUGACAUACAAAAA